GUUCAUCCACCACGCCCAUCCCGGCACACACCUUCCUUGCUGCACAAGACACCCGCAUCCGUUGACGGACCGCCAUGUCUACCUUGGAACAGCAGGCCAAGGCCCCGCCAGAUCUCCGCAAUGUCGUGUCCUUCCUGAGAAGCAGCAAAGCAGGGCUCAAAAACAGGGUGGGUGUGCUUAACGGAAAGCGUAUCGAUUACUUCAAAGGCAAAUCCGCCGUGAAAGCCCUCCUCUCGCCCGCAUACGCCAAGCUCAAAAACGUCCCAAAAGUCACGUCCGAGACCGAAGCUUCCGCGCUGCUGCACUCUAUCAUCCCCUACGCCUUCUUCCUCCGUGUCGAGCGCGGGCAGCCCGUCGGUUCUGCCUCCUCCCCCAAACAUGUCCAAAUCAACCAGAUGCAGAUGUUCAAGCCUGAGGAGUACUACGCGUGGUUCUAUGAGGGCUCGCAGUGGACGACGUACGUCGGCGGUGUCGCCAUGGUCGCCGUCAUCCUCGCUGGCGUCAUGUUCCCUCUCUGGCCACCCAUGCUUAGGCUCGGAGUGUGGUAUAUCAGUAUCGCGGUGCUUGGUCUCAUCGGGUUGCUGUUCGCGAUCGCGAUCGUGAGGUUGAUAUUCUAUAUCAUCACGGUACUCGUUGCGAGUCCCGGCAUAUGGAUAUUUCCAAGAUUGUUUGCAGAUGUCGGAUUCGUCGACUCAUUCAUCCCGCUCUGGGAAUGGGAUCUCCCCAAGAAGAAGUCGAAGAAGAAGAAAUCCGGCAAGUCUGAGAAGAAGGGCGCUGAGGGCGAGCAGGAGGCACCGCAAGGUGCCUUCAUCGAAGAAGUAGACUCGGGCUCCUCACGUGCGGAAAGCAUGCAGGCAACGGUAGAGGAGGUGCCAGAAGACGAGUCAUGACGCGGGCGCGCAUACACACCACUACCGUCACCGCCAUCUAGACUCGGUACUGUACAGAUUCGUCCUCUUGUAUCCUUGCCACCCUACCCCAUAUAUUCUCCGCGAUGACUAUAUAUUUCUUUCAUUUGGGGCGUUUGUCGCUAUC